UUGUAAGCCUUGCAUUUGUUUACAUUCUUGCCGACACGGCCGAUAGAAGCACGAAAAUCGGCGACAUCGUGGUUUAUUUGUCGUAAAAAUCAAACUUUUUACGUGUUUGCAGUUAUUAUCCGACGUGAGCCUGCUUAAUUUAUACAGUUACUAGUGACCAUUUAUCUUACCCAACGCCAUGGAUUAUCACAAGCGACUCGACAUGGUGGAGAUGUUCAAAGAACCCCCGGAAUACAAACCUCCGGGCACGGCGGAAGAACUGGCCUGCAGCGUUGACUAUCCGAAUAUGAACUCCCUGCAGUAUCGCAUGACGCGCAAGGCCACUCAAAACGUACUGCACCCAUGUCUGGAGCACGUUGCACGUAACGGAAACGGGCAGAUUAUCGUUGCCGGAAAUGACCUGAUGGGUCGUCGAUGGGGCUCCAGUUUCUACGGCUGGGAGAGCGCCGAAGAGGUGCUGGAUGAUUCCAAAGUCAGCUUCAAGCGACAGUGUCGAUACUGCAUUACGGCGCUGCAGUUCACCAAGGAUCCAAAUCUGUUUAUAAUUGGAACCGAUAAAGGCUCCGUGGAAUUAUGGUCCACAAGGAACGAAGCUCGCGGCGAAGGGUAUUCCCUGUACCUAGUCGAUGGUCAAUCAGAGCACAUCGAAGGAGUGUCGGCAAUGGAUCUUAUCGAAGGCGAGGAAAAUAAACUGAUCACAGGCUCGCAUGAUGGGUGUCUCAAAGUGUGGAACUACGCGGCCGAUCUCCAUUCCACCACGACGAUGGCGAUGGCUCAUACUGAUGCCAUAACAGGUCUUUCAACCAAUCGAGAGGAUAACAUGAUGUUUGCCUCGUCGUCGUUGGAUCACUCUGCUUUGCUGUGGGAUCUACGCAAGCCACGGCCAGCAUCGGCCCUAUUCGAUGGUCAUAACUUCGGUUUCACAACGGUGUACUGGACUACACGGAAGGAAGCCAACUGUAUAGUUGCUCUCGGAGAUGAAGCCGGCAACGUUCACUUCAUCGACAUCCGACAACCGGAUGUUCCGACACAUUCCGUGAAAGUGUUCAACAAAAAGAUCCACAAGAUCUCAUUCAAUGGCACUCAAUUUGUUGUUCUGGGGAACACCAAUCAGGCACGAUUUUACGACGAGAAUCUUGCCUUACUACACGAGUGUACACCGGCGCCGAACUAUCUUCGGGAUGUGGUUUGGGAGAACAGCGACAGCAAGGAGAAAUCCAGCUGCUGGUUGGUUGGAUGGGAUACGUUUUUCCAGAAAGUGGAAUACUGAAUGUUCGACAGACAUCAUCACUAAGAUCGAUUUCCCUACCCUGGAUGUUUGGAAGAAACUCUGCAAUUUUUUUUAUAUACCUACACCCUCAUACCUCAAAAAUACGACAAAUAGAGAAAAAUAAUGUAUACUAAAC